UCUCGGCCGUUGGCAAAAUUUGAGACGGCUUGGGCCUUUGGCCGAUUCGAAUGAUAAGAAUUCUAAAUUUCAAAUCUUCUUCCCUCUCCUUCUCUCUCCCUCUCUCGCACCUCACUCAGUAACAGUUCUUCCCUCUCUGAAAACCCUAGAAAACUCUCACUGUCAGUCCUUUCCUAUCUAUCAGCCAAUCAAGCGAUGACAGCUGUCCACCCGCCUCCGGCACCAGGGCGAGAGCUCUCCAACCCUCCAAUGGACGGGAUCUCGAACCUUCGAUUCUCCAAUCACAGCGAUCACCUACUCGUCUCCUCAUGGGAUAAGACUGUGAGGCUGUACGACGCAAGCGCUAAUUCGUUGCGAGGAGAGUUCAUGCACGGUGGGCCCGUACUUGAUUGCUGCUUCCACGACGAUUCCUCUGGGUUCAGUGCCAGUGCUGACAAUACCGUUAGGAGGAUAGUAUUCAGCUAUGGAAAGGAGGAUAUUUUAGGUAGACAUGAUGCUCCAGUGCGUUGUAUAGAGUACUCUUAUGCAGCAGGACAAGUGAUCACAGGCAGUUGGGACAAGACAUUGAAAUGUUGGGAUCCAAGAGGUGCAAGUGGGCAGGAGCGCACUCUUGUCGGCACAUACCCACAACCUGAGCGUGUUUACUCAUUAUCUCUUGUUGGAAAUCGUUUAGUAGUGGCAACUGCAGGAAGACAUGUGAAUGUUUAUGACUUGCGAAAUAUGUCUCAACCUGAGCAACGAAGGGAAUCGUCAUUGAAAUAUCAAACUAGAUGUGUGAGAUGUUAUCCAAAUGGAACAGGAUAUGCUCUAAGUUCGGUUGAAGGGCGAGUUGCAAUGGAGUUCUUUGAUCUCUCAGAAGCAAGUCAAGCCAAAAAGUAUGCCUUUAAGUGCCACCGAAAAUCUGAGGCGGGACGGGACAUUGUAUAUCCAGUAAAUGCUAUUGCAUUCCAUCCUGUCUAUGGUACAUUUGCAACUGGAGGUUGUGAUGGUUUUGUUAAUGUUUGGGAUGGAAACAACAAGAAGAGGCUGUAUCAGUAUUCAAAGUACCCAAUGAGCAUUGCUGCUCUUUCAUUCAGCAGAGAUGGGCGACUGUUGGCUGUGGCUUCAAGUUACACAUUUGAAGAAGGGGAUAAGCCACAUGAACCGGAUGCCAUCUUUGUACGUAGUGUAAAUGAAAUUGAAGUGAAGCCAAAACCAAAAGUGUAUCCUAACCCUCCAGCAUAGCUGAUUAAGGAUCUUUACAUAUUUCGUGGUAAUUUGAGACAUGUAUGUUAAAUACUCUGGAAGGCUUCGGUGACUGAAGGUCUGAACUUAAUCUGGGAACCUUUUUUCAAUCAUAGGCUAGCAUUUUUUUUCUUUUUGUUGUUUAUACCUGUUGCGUCACAUCCUUGUGAAUUUAUUAUAUUUACAAUGUAGUUGCUAAGAUGAUUCUUGUUGCUUUUUUCCACUCUGUUGAAAAUAUUACUAGUUGACUUGUACUGAACAUUGUUUUCAAAUUUCGGUAAUGCUCAGACGAUCUAAAAAUUCAUCAUUCGCUA